UUUAUUAAUCCCUUAAUAGGUCACAACUCUAAAGUCAACAAAUUCAAUAUGAAAAUGGAAAGAAUGCCACGUAUGAGAGUCAAAUCUAUCCGACCAGGUAUCCACCAUUGUUUUGAAUUUCGAUUGGACGAAGAUUGUUUGAUCAACAUUGUCAUUUUCGUGCUACCCCAUCUUCUCUCUCGCCAACCUUCAUCCUAUCUCGAUUCAUCACGACGAAAUUACAAAAUCUUCCGAUCUCUGAUCUCGCUGAUCACCUGAUUCCUCAAUUGCCUUCAAUCUUGGUAUAUCGUAGGGUUUUCGAAAAGUUCCAAUUUCGUAUCUUGUUCGUUCGGAAACCCUAAGCCCCCUUUCUUGUUCAGCGACGUCUCUGGAGUUCAUGGUUGUUUGGUAAACCAACACGUUUUGAAAAAUGAACGCUGUGAAUAUUCUUUAUAAGAAAAACCCUAAGUUUCGAGGGAUUUUCAAUGGACUCUGUGCGUUGAUUCUAUUCAUUUUCUUCUUCGAUCGAAGCGAAAUUCUCAAGAACCCUUUGUUAAAGAGAGCAUCUUUCGUCUCUAACAACAACGGUUUCACCCAAUUCACUAUGAUUCGUCGACACAUGAUCGAAGCUAAUGACACCUUGAGCAGCACUAGUACUGUCUUAUGCUCCGGUUUACACAACCACAUCGGUUACACAGACCAAUGCGAGUUUUUAAAAGCGAACCCAUCUUGUUCCCCUGAUGGGUUCUUUGAUUACCUCAGCUUCUUUUACUGCACAUGCCAAGAUUUCAAGAUCUUGGGUUACAUGAUCCUCGGUGUUUGGCUUGUUGCCUUGUUUUAUCUCUUGGGUAACACUGCUGCUGAUUACUUUUGUUGCUCCUUGGAGAAGCUCUCUAAGCUUCUGAGGCUACCUCCUACCCUCGCUGGUGUUACUCUGCUUCCUCUUGGGAACGGAGCUCCUGAUGUGUUUGCGAGUAUAGCUGCUUUCGUUGGUUCGGAUAAAGGAGAAGUUGGGCUUAAUAGUGUCCUUGGUGGUGCUGUGUUUGUUACUUCCGUUGUUGUUGGGAUUGUUUCGCUUUGUGUUGCGGAUAUGGAAGUGAAGCUUGAUAAGAAGUGUUUUAUUAGAGACUUGAGUUUCUUUCUCUUCUCGCUUUUGUCUCUGCUUGUGAUUUUGAUGGUUGGGGAGGUGACGGUACGGAUUGCUGUUGCGUUUGUUUCGAUUUAUGUUGUUUAUGCGUUUCUUGUGGCGGCGAAUGUGAUUCUGAGGAAGCAUGCUAAGAGGUUUAAGAUUGAGGCGAUUACUCCUUUGUUACCUAUGCAAGGGAGUGUUUUUUCGCCUAGUGUUGGAGAGGAUUUUCCGAUUCAUAGUCCAUUGAUUGAGAGUGACUCUGAGGAUGGUCCACCUCGGUUACUGAACUCUCUUCCUCAGUGGAUGUGGGCUUCAAACGUGGCUAUCUAUUCAAACCAUUUCGCUAGAGGUAGUAGUAGUGUGCUAGAUGAUGAUAGACCACCUUGGGGAUGGAUUGAAGACAGUGCAGAAGUUGAGAGCUCUUUGUGUAAUAAACUCACUUCUUUGUUGGAAAUUCCAUUGACAGUUCCGAGGAAGUUAACGAUCCCAUCAGUGGAGGAAGAUACAUGGUCAAAGACAUACGCUGUGGCUAGUGUUACAUUAGCGCCUCUGCUUCUGGCGUCUCUCUGGAGUAGCCAAGACAAUGUGAGUACACAAGCUUGUGGUGUGGUUUAUUUUAUCAGCCUUGCUAUUGGCUCUACUCUUGGCUUUUUUGCUUACAAAAACACGGAACCGGAUCACCCGCCUCGGAGAUUCUUGAUCCCUUGGGUUCUAGGUGGGUUUAUCAUGAGCAUCGUAUGGUUCUACAUGAUUGCAAACGAGCUCGUUGCUCUCCUUGUGACAUUUGGUGAGAUCUAUGGAAUCAACCCGUCGAUACUUGCGUUGACAGUUCUAGCUUGGGGAAACUCAAUGGGUGACUUAGUCUCAAAUAUAGCAUUGUCCAUGAACGGUGGGGAUGGUGUACAAAUCGCCAUAUCGGGAUGUUAUGCAGGUCCAAUGUUCAACACACUGGUCGGACUCGGUAUGUCAAUGCUCCUCGGCGCAUGGUCCAAGAGCCCUGACAAAUACAUGGUCCCGGACGACAAAAGCCUGUUCUACACACUUGGGUUUCUCGUACUUGGUUUGGUUUGGGCUUUGGUUAUACUCCCGCGUAACGACAUGCAACCUAACAAAACCUUAGGUGUUGGACUCAUUGCUUUGUAUCUGAUGUUUGUGACUUUCAGGCUCAGUUGCGCCAUGGGAUUCAUACCAUGGGCUGCUUAGAAGCUUAUAUGUAAUGUAACAAUGUUUCUACCUUAACUAAACAACUAAUCAGAGGCUGCUAUUGUUUGUAAUGAUGAGCUUUCAUAGUCUUUGUUUCUUAUCGGUUUGUUGUUCUG